AUGCGUCCGUCGGCGACUAGCGACUUUGCACGAUCGCAUGUAGCCAAUUGGUCACCACCAGUACCCAUUACGCCUGAGUUGGAGGCUCUACGAGAACUCAAGACUGAGUGGAAGCGACACUCUUCCGGGUACCCUUUCUGCGAUGGGAACGAAUCUGGCAAGAAGCUUCUGAUCGUGGAUCUACAAGAUUUCGAAAUCUACCGAACACCAGACAGUGAGAAGAGGGCAUAUGAAUUGAUCAGCCUUCACUACCUCGAAAUUCCUAUCACUAAGAAGCUUUGUUUUGACGGCUUCAUAUGCUUAGGCACCACCAAGCAUUUUGUGCACGCUGUGCCCAUUGAGGAUACUUCUAUUGAGGGCUACGGAGACCUAGAGACUGCCAGUGUCACAACUUACAUACAAUCGACUCUCGCAGCCAAAAACACUGUGUAUGACAUCUGGUACAGGCUCAAGAAAGCCGCCCCAGGUUACAGGAAAUUCCACAAAUCAUUCGUUUGGGUUGCGCAACUGGGAAAGCAUGUGAUCGACUACCUGGAAUCGGCGGGCAGUGUUGGAUUCCACGACUUUCGCGAGGAAUUUCAUGCUUGGAUGAUGACGCAACGAUUCGCUCAAUGCUCAGACUUCGAACGAUGGCACGGUGCGUUCAGACACCAAACUGACUUUCGCGUUGGCGUCAACGCGUAUAUUGAAUACUUUUACCAUCAGGCCUUCAACCUCCCGAACUCGAGACAGCUGCUAGCGCACCCAUUAUGGAGUGAAUGCUUGACUAAAGGUUUGACGGCUGUCGAGAUUCAAGAAGAGGUCAUCAAGCAAACCAUCGCUACGCCUGGGGUUUUUGAUUGUUUCAAAGACAUGUAUUUCGGUGGGCAACUACGCAAGCAAAGUCCAGUAGAGACCAUCGCCAUCGAACGGAAGCGUCGGAAGCGCAAACUCGGUUUCGCUAAACGUGGAUCAACACGACAGACAACAGCAACACGACCAAACGUCUGUAUACCGUACGGAAACUCACCAGUAAGGGUAGGCGACAUUAUCGCACUAAUCCCAGACGAGACAGACUCAAGGGUUUGGCGAAAUACGAACUGGGACUGGCUUGCCUACGUCCAGACUACGGUGCUUCUGAAGAACGGAGUCCAGAAGCUAUUUGUGCUAUGGAUUUAUCGACAUCACGAGACCAAUAUCUCUAUAGCUAGGUAUCCUUAUGAGAACGAGGUCUUCCUAUCCGAUAACUGCAACUGUACCGAGGGAGAACUAUUAUCCACUAACAUCAAGGGAAGGUACGACGUAGACUGGUCGCCAACUACAAUCGAUACCAACCACUUCUUCAUCCGCCAGACGUAUGUUACUCAGGAUAGCGCUUUCGUAACCGUCCAAUCCUCACAUAUGACUUGCACAUGUCUAAAACCCAAGAGCUCGCCUGAGACUUACCACCGUGGCGACACGGUAUACAUGACAAGAGCAAUACACAAAAAUCAAAUCCUGGAUCCAGUCGUCGUUCAGUACAUCGAUCACGCUAAUCAAACGACCACGAUACGCAAACUACUAAGACUAGAGCGUGACUGCGAGGAGCUGGCAAUGAAGGCUGGGCGAAACGAUCUCCCCCCAAAUGAGCUUGUGCUAACUGACGAAUAUGAGGUGGUGGCCUUAUCUCGUAUCCAGAGACGCUGCUAUAUCAAGUUUGUUUCCAAAUCUGACAUUGUAAAUGGCCGUAUACCAUUCACAUACAACCGUGGUGGUGCAGGUGAUCUUUGGUUUCUAGCUAUGGGAAUGAUCACGAAGGCACAGGAGAAGUGCCUCGUCUUCCUGCGCAGUCUUCCAAACAGUUUCGACGAAGGCCCUGAUAUGACUUUCUCUCAACAAACCUUGCGAGGCAUGAGCCUGUUCAGUGGCGGAGGUUCUCUCGAUCGAGGCCUCGAAGAAGGUGGUGCAGUUGUCUUCGACUCUGCUGUUGAUUUCAGUCAGCAUGCCAUUCAUACUCAACGAGCGAAUUCGAAGAACCUCGAGGCAAUGUCUCUGUUUUGUGGUUCUGUCGACGAUCACUUCAAUGCAGCUCUGAAGGGUAACAGACCAAACAUCAUCCCUCAAGUUGGAGACGUUGAUCUCAUCGCUGCCGGAUCCCCAUGUCCUGGGUUCUCAGCCCUCCAGCGAAAUUUUCUUAGUGAGCAGUCACUGCGUAACGCAUCGCACAUCACUACGUUUUGUUCGUACGUCGAUCUGUAUCGGCCUUUGUAUGGUAUCCUCGAGAACGUGGUCAAUAUGGCAUCAACGCGUGUUGGAUAUGAAGACCAAAAUGUCUUAUCGCAGGUGGUUGCUUGCCUUGUUUCAAUGGGCUACCAGUGCAACCAGUACAUCAUGGAUGCAUGGAGUUACGGUAGCGCGCAACAACGCUCGCGCUUGAUCCUCACUAUAGCAGCUCCAUGUUACAAGCAACAAAAGGAACUCCACCCUUGA